AUGCCUCCUUCCUCUUACAAUCACACCAGUCCCCAGGAUGUGUGGUAUGUCCUGACUGCAAUCCCAGGGCUGGAAGAUUCUCACACCUGGAUCUCCAUCCCUAUCUGUUGGAUGUAUGUGUUGGCUGUCGUAGGCAAUGUGUUCUUGAUCUUCAUGAUUGUGACUGAGCGCAGCCUCCAUGAGCCCAUGUAUAUCUUCCUUUCCAUGCUGGCCUCAGCAGAUGUCCUGCUCUCCACAGCCACAGCACCCAAGAUGCUGGCCAUCUUCUGGUUCCAGUCCAUGGGUAUAUCCUUUGGUGGCUGCGUGUCCCAGAUGUUCUUCGUACAUUUCAUCUUUGUGGCAGAAUCUGCUAUUCUCCUGGCCAUGGCAUUUGACUGCUAUGUGGCCAUCUGUCACCCUCUGAGAUACACCACAAUCUUAACCUCGUCAGUCACCGGGAACAUGGGCCUGGCAGCUGUGGUCAGGAGUUUUAUCAUCUGCCUUCCAUUCAUCUUCCUGGUACAGCGCCUUAGGUAUUGUGGGAGAAACAUCAUUCCCCAUUCCUACUGUGAGCACAUGGGCAUUGCCAGAUUGGCAUGUGACAAUAUCAGGGGGAACAUCAUCUAUGGCCUGACUGUGGCCCUGCUGUCUACAGGACUGGAUGUUUUGUUCAUCAUCAUGUCGUACAGCAUGAUCCUUUGCAUGGUGUUUCUGAUGCCUUCCUGGGCUGCCCGACUCAAGGCCCUCAACACAUGUGCUUCGCACAUCUGUGUCAUCCUUAUGUUCUAUACUCCAGCAUUCUUUUCAUUUUUCGCCCAUCGUUUUGGGCAGAAAACCAUCCCUCACCAUGUGCACAUCCUCGUAGCCAACCUCUAUGUGGUGGUGCCCCCUAUGCAAAACCCCAUCAUUUAUGGGGUCAAGACCAAACAGAUCCAAGACCGAGCAAUUUUGCUUUUCUCCCGUAUCAGCACAUGUUGUUAA